UUCGCUCUAUCGGUUGGGUCAACGGAUUGCGAAGGCUAUCGGUGACUGAGGCGGAUACUGAUCGCGGCAGGCUUAUCGUUACCCCAGCGCCUGCUCAGGUGUCCACACCGCAUCAGGUUAGUAAAGUGGGUCCUGCCCAGAGUCUGGGGCGAGCUCCUGGCCCACUACCCUGGCCGUGAGUGGCAGUGAGCUGCUAUGGCGAGGUCUGACGCAUGGCAGCUGCCUCCGAGGCCCUGAUAAAGCGCACCUCCCCAACCUUCCGAGCUCGCUCCUUCUCCUCUCGCCAUCCCCCUCUCCUCAACCGUCAUCAUCCCUUCGUAUCGCAUCUAGUCAAGGGAAGCAGGUAUCGCAGUUUGAAUUUUCACUUUCAGGUUCUUCGACUCUCACUUUUCUCGUUGAAGUCGCUGGUCCAUCGACUUCGCCUUUCCUUUUAACUACACAAUGAGAGGCAUCAUCGCGCUCUCGUUCGCAGCCUGCGCCGCCGCGGCGCCGCGGGUCAGCGUUGGAACCAUCCAUGGCGAUGCCGCGCCCAUUCUUUCGUCAUCGAACGCCGAGGUCGUCCCCAACUCGUACAUUAUCAAGUUCAAGAAGCACGUCAGCGAUGACUCCGCUGCGGCGCACCACAGCUGGAUCCAGGAGAUCCACACGAACCGGGAGUCGGAGCGUGCCGACCUUAAGAAGCGCGGUCAGAUGCCACUGGUUGACGACGUUUUCCGCGGGCUGAAGCACACAUACAAGAUUGGCCAGGAGUUCCUCGGCUACUCUGGCCAUUUCGACGACGAGGUCAUCGAGCAAGUUCGGCGGCAUCCGGAUGUCGAGUACAUCGAGCGCGACAGCAUUGUCCACACGAUGCGUGUGACAGAGGCCGCCCAGUGCGACAGCGAGCUAGAAAAGGCCGCUCCGUGGGGCUUGGCUCGUAUUUCGCACCGGAAUACCCUGAGCUUCUCGACAUUCAAUAAGUAUCUGUUUGCUGCCGAAGGCGGCGAGGGUGUGGAUGCCUACGUCAUUGACACUGGCACCAACACUGAGCACGUCGACUUUGAGGGCCGUGCCAAAUGGGGCAAGACAAUCCCCUCCGGCGAUGCCGAUGAAGACGGUAACGGCCACGGCACCCACUGCUCUGGCACCAUUGCAGGCAAGAAGUAUGGAGUUGCCAAGAAGGCCAAUGUCUAUGCCGUAAAGGUGCUUCGCUCCAAUGGCUCCGGCACCAUGGCCGACGUUGUUGCCGGUGUCGAGUGGGCUGCGAAGUCGCACAUGGAGAAUGUCAAGGCUGCCAAGGACGGGAAGCGCAAGGGCUUCAAGGGCUCUGUCGCAAACAUGUCUCUGGGCGGCGGCAAGACCAAGGCCCUUGAUGACACCGUCAAUGCUGCUGUCUCGGUCGGCAUCCACUUCGCUGUUGCUGCCGGAAACGACAACGCCGAUGCUUGCAACUAUUCGCCUGCUGCUGCCGAGAAGGCCGUCACGGUUGGUGCCUCGGCUAUCGACGACAGCCGCGCUUACUUCUCCAACUAUGGCAAGUGCACCGACAUCUUCGCCCCCGGGCUGAGCAUUCUGUCCACUUGGAUUGGCAGCAAGUACGCCACCAACACCAUCUCGGGCACUUCGAUGGCGUCGCCCCACAUCUGCGGUCUGCUGGCCUACUAUCUCUCGCUCCAACCCGCCAGCGACUCUGAGUACUCGCUCGCCGCCAUCACUCCGGAGAAGAUGAAGAAGAACCUGCUCAAGAUUGCUACCCAGGACGCCCUCACCGACAUGCCCAAGGGCACCCCCAACCUUCUCGCCUGGAACGGCGGUGGUUGCAACAACUACACUGCCAUCGUCGAGGCUGGCGGCUAUAAGGUGGACCGCCAAACCAAGACCGACAAGAUUGACAUUGGCGCGUCGGUCUCGCAUCUGGAGGAGCUCAUCGAGCACGACUUCGAGGUCGUCUCUGGCAAGGUUGUCAAGGGCGUCGCGUCGUUUGCGGGCAAGGCCGAGGAGUUCUCCAGGAAGAUUCACCAGCUGGUGGAUGAGGAGCUCCAGGAGUUCCUUGAGGAGAUUGCUGCUUAAGUGGUAGCCAUGACAUCGGCGUUGUGAGCUUAAGUGGUAGCCAUGACAUCGGCGUUGUGAGCGCGCAACCUCAAGUUCAUCAUCGGUUGAUACGGCACGGGCAUUCCUUUCGUUUUGUUCUUGUCUUUUUGGGAUAUCGGGAUGGGCAUAACAUGCAGCCGAGUGGUUUCUUGUACUGUAUGGCAACUUGGGACUCGGACGCACAUGGGAUUCUUGGUUUGGCUUGCAUUUUGAGAGUAGUCUCGGCUCACUGAGUCUAUGAAUCAGAAUUUCAUUCGGUACACAGAAUAUUCUGUAAAUACCGGCCUAUCGUGCCUGCUGCCGUUUACUUGUACU